AUGAAACUAGAUCUUGUCAAGCGUACGUUUAACUAUGUAAUAGUUAAUAAACCUUCGGGAAUGGUAUGCGAUACUAAUCACACAAAUAAUAUUAUUACUGCAUUGACAAACGAAUUUAAAGCCAUACUUCCCUCAGUCAACUCAUCACAAUUUAGACUUGUACAAAGACUAGAUAGAUUCGUCACUGGUGGUCUCGUAGUUGCUAGAAAUAAAAAAUGGGCAGACAAGGUUAGGAAAUCGUUUUUUCAAGAAGGUACUCUUCGACUUACAAGAAGGUAUGUCGGAUUGAUAGCUCUCGACCAAAUUCCUGAAUCAACCCAGGGCACAAUUGAUUUCCCCAUACAAGCAUUAGAGAAGGAUUACAGAGGGAAAGGAGAGUCAAGAAAGCUACUUACUUACUCUGCUGUUACACAUUAUAAAUUGAUUCCAAAAGCAAGGCGAGCCAUAGAAGGAAUAUUUCCGAUAUCCCAACAGGGUCCAGUAUUACCAAUUAUCUUGGAGUUGGAAACAGGUAGGAAAAACCAAAUUCGAGACCACAUAAUACAAAAAUUUGGAGUUCCUUUGUUGAAUGAUGAUAAUUUUUCUGAUUUCAAGCUAAAUUCCGAAAUUCCUAAAAACGUCAAUAGCAAGUUGUAUAAAAGUAACCAAAUUGCUCUUCAUGCAGGUUUGAUAAUUAUGGAGAAUAAUGGAGUAUCACAACAAUUUUUGUUUCCAGUGAACAACGCUUAUGAUAGAGAGCUAUGGGGAAGCUUUGUUAACGAAAAUGGUGAGUUCAUUGAUGAGAUCCGAGAUGGAUUAGUUAAUUUCAGAAUUUGA